GACACCCGGGAGCACCGGCUCGGACACAGCGGCACCCGGGAGCGGCCACGCCGGGGCUCCGCCGCUCCCCGGUGCACCGAGGGGCCGUCCCAGUGCCGCUGCCGGUGCCGCUGCCGGUGCCGCUGCCGGUGCCGCUGCCGGUGCCUCCCAUCCCGCCCGGAACUGCCCCGGGUUUUCCUGCCCGUCCCAUCCUGUCCCGUCCAGUCCCGGUGCGGCGGGCAGCAGCGCGGGGACCCCGGCCCGGUAUCGGUUCUGCUUUCGGGGGGAGGCGGCGGCGCCGCCGCAGGGGCGGGAGCACCUGCCCCGGGAUUCCCCACCUGCCGCCGCCCCAUAAGACCCGGUGGCGGCGCCGGUGGCGGCACACACCGAGCUGCGAUGGCUCCGCUCCGCCGCCUCUGCCUGUGCCUGCUCCUCGCUCUGCUGCCGCCGCCUCCCGCCGCACCGGCGCCGGCACCGGCACCGGCACCGGCACCGGCACCGCUCCGCCGGCCGGACUGGGCCGCCUGCCGGGUCCUGUCCCGGGAGCUGUCGCGGCUGCUGGGGGCGGUCAGAGAGCCGCACCCGGUGCUGGAGGGGCUGCAGCUGCUGGAGGAGGAACCCCAAAAUUGGCCCCCCCGGAUCCGCUGCAGCGACGCCUGCGACCCCCUGACCCUGGAGAGCAACCACACGCGCUGCCUGCAGCGGAUCCGCCAGGCGCUGCAGCACUACCGGGACCUGCUGGGCUCCGACAUCUUCCGGGAGCAGCCGCAGCCGCAGCUGGAGACCACCAUGGAGCAGCUGCUGCGCCACGUCCAGGACGGGCACGGUCGCCCCCCCCGGCACCUGCUGGCCCCCACCAGGGUUUGGGAGCAGCCGCUGCAGCGGCACCUGGCCCUGAAACGGCUCCGCUCCUUCGCCGCGCUCAUCGGCCGCGUCUUCAACCACAGAGCCCGCUGAGACCCCCGGACA